CCCAUCGUUGGUGCCAGUGGGAUAAUUAGUUCCCCAUUUCUGGUAUCAGUGGAAGGAACAGUGCCCCAUCAUUGGUGCCAUGGGAGGAACAGUGCCCCAUCUUUGGGGUCAGUGGGAGGAACAGUGCCCCAUUGUUGGGGUCAGUGGGAGGAACAGUGCCCCAUCGUUGGGGUCAGUGGGAGGAACAGUGCCCCAUCAUUGGGGUCAGUGGGAGGAACAGUGCCCCAUCAUUGGGGUCAGUGGGAAGAACAGUGCCCCGUCAUUGAGAUCAGUAGGAGGAACAGUGCCCCGUCAUUGGGGUCAGUGGGAGGAACAGUGCCCCAUCGUUGGGGUCAGUAGGAGGAACAGUGCCCCAUCAUUGGUGUCAGUGGGAGGAAUAGCGCCCCAUCAUUAGUGUCAGUGGGAGGAAUAGUGCCCCAUCGUUGGGGUCAGUAGGAGGAACAGUGUCCCGUCAUUGGGGUCAGUGGGAGGAACAGUGCCCCAUCGUUGGGGUCAGUAGGAGGAACAGUGCCUCAUCAUUGGUGUCAGUGGGAGGAAUAGCGCCCUAUCAUUGGUGUCAGUGGGAGGAAUAG